UGAUUUCACAUUAACCACGUGUUUUAAAAGAGACUUAAACAUGGAAGGAAAAGAAAAUGCAAGAAACAGAGCGAAUACAAAACAAGCAGUUUUUGGACAGCGACCAGCAUUUGGAGAAAUAGGUAAUAAAUGCAUUUCGAGGCCUUUGUCAAGCCAAAUCUCGCUAAAACCUGUGGAAAAACCCAAAUCCAACUUGCUAAAACCUUUGGAAAAACCCAAAGCCAACUUAUCAAAACCUUUGGAAAAAUCCAACUCAUUAAAAGUAAAAAAAGUGGAAUCGACGGAACCAAAACCAGAUGAUAAUUGUAAGGAUGAUCCACAAAUGGUACCAGAAUACGUUACAGAUAUUGUAAAGAACUUGCUAUUUAAUGAAAUCGAAUGUGCUAUAAAGGAAGAUUUUCUUGCUGACCAUCUGAUAAAACCUAACAUGCGUUCAAAGCUCAUCGACUGGCUAGUAACAAUAUGUGGCACAUUUAAAGUAGGGGACGAAACAUUUUAUAUUACUGUGGACCUCAUCGACAGAUACCUUCAAGCUGGUAAUAUUGUCAAAGAGAAACUCCAAUUACUUGGAGCUACUGCUUUCUAUCUUGCCUGCAAAUAUGAAGAAAUAUAUGUACCAUAUAUAGAAGACAUCAGAUACAUCUGCAAUGAUAUAUACAAAGCAAGAGAAAUACUAGAGUUGGAACGUAGUAUUUUGGAGAAAUUAGAGUUUCGUCUUAGUAAACCGACAAAGAUUUUUUUUCUAAAACGUUACAGUAAUGUAGCAAAGUUAUCUGCUAAAGAAUACCAUUUAUCCAAAUACAUAUUGGAACUGGUAACAUUGGAAUACCACUUAGCACACGUCAGGCCUUCUUUAUUAGCUGCCGGAGUUUGUUGUUUAUCAAUGGGAAUCGCCCGAGAUGAAAUUGAUUUACAAGCAUUAUGGACAACAUCGAUGAUUCAGUGUUCAUCGUACGAAUACCACGAUUUUAGACCUGUUCUAAGACCCUUGGCUCACCUCAUUCAAAAAAUUGAACUCUGCAAGUUCCAAGCAUCGAGACAAAAAUUUGCAUCCCCAAAAUUUUGCAAAAUCAGCACAAGUUCUAUAUUAAUGGCACCGAUUGUAAAAAAACUUAUUGUAGGUAAAAAAGUAACAUCGAGCCUUUAAAUAAGUUUAUUGUAUAUUUCUUAGUGUUUAUUUAUGUAUGUCUUUUCUUUAAGAUGUAGCUAAUAAAGUUUUU